GCCUCUGAGGCGAGAGCCUCCGCAAGCCUGGCCAGCACGGCCGUGCUGGCUCCUUCCCCCAUCUUAUCCCAUCUCCUACAUCUUCCUAUAGGAGCUGAAUCAGUCCUUCUGGAACUGUACCGACGUCCCGGGAGCAGGGGAUAAAGAGAAGGAAGACUAUCUCGGGGGACAAAAAUCUUGUUACACCGGAGGAAACUGAGGCCAGAGGCUCCCCUUCACGCUCCUUUCCACAGGAGAUGCACAGGGACCCUCUGAGCUCUUGCGGGCGGGAGGAGCAGGUCCUGCGGCUCCAGCAGCCCGGGUAGGCCUGAGCCUGCAGCGGCGCUGAUACUCGGAGGCCUACGGUCGCCCCGCCUCCUCAGCAGCGACCCGAGGCUUCCGCCGGCAGUCGACGGGAUGCGGCCGGCACUGCUGUUGGGGUGGCCGCGGCGGCCGCUGCUACGGCUGCAGCUUCUGCCGGGGCUACUGCGGCGGCCGCUGCUACAGGUGCGGGGCGGCCCGGGUCCCGGCCCCGGCGGCCUUCGAGGAGAGCUGGACCGCUUCGGGGGCGUGACGGUGCGCUUGGGUCAGCUCGGGCCUGCGGACGGCGUGGACCCAGCCACCUUCCGAACGUGGCUCCAGGCCUCAAUCCAGCAAUGGCGAGCAGAGGGCAGAAUAGCCGUCUGGCUGCAUAUUCCUAUCUUCCAAAGCCAGUUUAUAAGUCCAGCGGCUUCCCUGGGCCUUCGCUUUCACCACGCAGAAUCUGAUGCAUCCCUGAUGACCCUCUGGCUUGGGGAAGGACCCAGCCGCUUGCCAGGCUAAACCACCCAUCAAGUAGGAGUUGCAGGUGCUGUAUUUGAUGAAGAUACUAGAAAAGUACUAGUUGUACAAGAUCGAAAUAAAAUGAAAAAUGCAUGGAAGUUUCCAGGAGGUUUGUCAGAACCUGGAGAAGAUAUUGGAGACACAGCUGUUCGGGAAGUUUGGGAAGAGACUGGCAUCAAGUCAGAAUUCAAAGCCCUCCUGAGUAUCCGGCAGCAACAUGGGGCCCCAAAUGCAUUUGGGAAGUCUGAUAUGUACAUCAUCUGCCGUCUGAAGCCACUUUCCUUCCACAUUAACUUCUGUCCACACGAGUGUCUGAAGUGUGAGUGGAUGAAUCUCACAGACCUUGCAGAAGCAGACGACACAACUCCAAUCACCCGCAGGGUGGCUAAUUUGCUCCUCUAUGGACACAGAGAAGGGUUUGAGAAGAUCGACCUUUCUAUGAGAGAGCUCCCUUCUGUCCACAGAGGGCUGUUCUAUAAACUCUAUCACAAGGAGUUGCCAGAGCUCUAUGAAAAUAUAGCUAGAAUGGAUUAAAAUUCACAUUUACAUUCUUUAAUAAUUUAAAAAAAGGUUAUGGGGUCAGAUGAAUGAAUAAUAGAUUUUGGGUGUGAUUGCUAGACCUGUCUUUCUACAUUAAUUCUUUCAGGAUAAAUGUGUUUUAAAAU